GCAAGUUCCGAGCUCCUCCCCCUCCACGAUGAAGCUGUUAACACGGAUUCUUCUAUAUUCCAAAUUUUCCGGCACAACGUCCUCCAUCCUGGAUGCACGCACUACCAAGUCUACAUCUCAAAGCGCGUAACUCAACUUUUUUUUUUUUUUCAAAAGAAGGGGGAGGACGGUGCAUUAUUAUUAUUAUUAUUUUUUUUGCUUUUGUGUACUACCCUGACCAUGGGGGAUCACAAAGAGCCGACCAUGGUGCAGAGGUCAAGUUCGUUUAGCAUCAAGAGCCUCCUGCUGCCCUCCAAGUUUGACAGCCAGGGCGCAGGGGUCGCGGAAAAUAGCGCAACAACAGAUUCGGAAAAAUCCUCGGAACCGACGGAAAUGGACUCCACACCCCCGCAGCAGCGGGGCGAGGAUGAAUCUGGAACGGAAACGGGGAGAAAAAGCGGCAAACACGACAAACCGCCGUUCAGCUACAACGCGCUCAUCAUGAUGGCCAUUCGCCAAAGUCCAGAGAAGCGGCUCACGCUCAACGGCAUCUACGAGUUCAUCAUGAAAAACUUCCCGUACUAUCGGGAGCACAAGCAAGGCUGGCAGAACUCCAUACGACACAACCUCAGCCUCAAUAAGUGCUUCGUGAAAGUGCCGCGCCAUUACGACGACCCGGGAAAAGGGAACUACUGGAUGCUGGAUCCAUCCAGUGAUGACGUGUUUAUCGGUGGAACUACAGGAAAGCUCCGUAGGAGGUCCGCGACAUCACGGGGUAAGUUAGUGAUGAAACGGGGCCUACGUUUCGCCCCACUCGGACUCGGUCUCGGAGAGCGCGCAAGCAACCCGCUAUGCUGGCAGCUGUCUCCGUUUCUGCCAUUACCUCACGCGCACUACAACGGAUCUGCGCACGGGUUUCUUAACCAAGGACACGCGUACGGGUCUCUACUCCAGAGCAUGGAACCCAUCACCAGCGGAGACAUCGCCCGCCCUGUGCUCGGACCCUCCACCUCAAGUGGAUACAGCGCGAGCUCUGCGCCGGCGGGAUUACUCUCAGGGCACAACGGCUAUUUCGUGGCAGGAGUGCAGCAGCAGGCGCACACACAGGCUCUCCAAACCGGCCCUUGUUACGGGAUCUCGAGCUCUCCGCCGCCACUGCUCGCGGAUUCGAGGACCACGUUACCGUCUUUCACCUCGAGCGGUUUUUCGGGUGUUUUGUCACAACAUAAAAGACUCGCACCUCAUUCUUUCCUGAGCUGAGUGACUUUUCCUGAUAGAAUUUCACGCGUCCAGCCGGACACGAAUCAGCGGUGUGAGUUUCAUCUCAGCACCAACAUUGCAUUUAACACUGCAGCGGAUAUUUUGGAGUUAAAUAUGAAUAUUUAUUAAACACUACAUUAAAUUCAACACCGGAAUUUGUGCUGAGCAUCAGAAGCGAAUGACUUUAAAAUGUGUUAAUUUCUUUUUAUUUAAAAUAUUUAGAAAUAAUGCAACCGUAACAACAGUACGACGUCAUGCCAAAGGCAACACACGUUUAUAGAAAUAAUAAUAAUAAUAAUAAUAAU